GAAGAAGCAAAAGGAAAGUUAAUUCCAAAGAUUCAAAAUUUGAACUGCAUAGAGAGAGAGAGAGAAAGAAACAAAGAGGAUAUGGCGACGAAGGCGAAGAAUAUGAAGGGUUUCUACAAGCAGACGAAAAGCAACAUCACCGGAGGUAUCUCCAAGUCAAAGCCUUCUUCCCGUAAAGUCUCUCCCAAACACGCAGCCACACACGGUUCCGACGCUACGCAGCCGGCGGCGUUGAUUUCUCACGGCUCCCUCGAUGUGAAAGAGGAUUAUGGCGAUAAGGAGGAGAUGCUGAGGCAGUUUGACAUGAACAUGGCUUAUGGUCCGUGCGUGGGUAUGACGAGGCUUGAUCGAUGGGAACGUGCAUUGCGUUUAGGGAUGAAUCCUCCUAAUGAAAUUGAGAGGGUUUUGAGAACUGAGAAGGUUCAGCAAGAUUGUCUUUGGCAAGGUCGUGUUUAAAGUUUUAAUCUUUGUUUUUUCAUCUAUGACCCUUGUAUGAUCCAUUUGUCACUUUGCAAAAGUGUGUCUUUUGUGAAUGUUAGGUGGUUCAGCAACUGGCUGAGUCACCCACUUUGAUGUUUUAAUCUUAAAAACUUUGGUAAUGCAAUGCGUUUUGUUGAUCAACGUUUGGAUUAUAUGUCUCACUAUUACAUGGAUAAAGGUCAGCCAACACAUCAAAAUUACAAUAACUUUCUCUCAGUUUCAAAAUUGAACAUGAAAGACCUGAGCCCUUGUUUAUGCUAGAACAAAGAUUCUGCAGGGUAUGGUGUCACCUACUGUCACUGUCUCUUCUUAGGUAUUUGAUUGAGUACUUAUAGUGGGACACUGUUUUCCAUGAGAGAGAGAAUUUGAGUAUGGUGACCUAACAAGGCCACAAGGCAGGGGAUUGCUUCUCAUGCCAGAUCAUUGAAAGGUUAUGAUUUAGUGGAGACGUUAAAUAGAUGCCCUUCAAUGUCUGGAACAAAACCUUUAUCUACCAUUUCCGCUUUAACUAUCUCAUAGGUUAUCCGGUUCGGGACCAAACCUUUCUCCAGCAUCUCAUUCAAAAGCUUGUUAGCAUCCUCCAUCUUUCCCUUCUGAGAAUAUCCUUGUAGAAGCACAUUAUACGAUGCAACGUUCAUCCGCAACCGUCUCGCUUUCUCCAUCUGCGUCCUCACAUUCGCUGCUCCUUUCAGAUUCCCUUCUUUACAGUAGCCUUCCAUCAGAAUGUUAUAAGUCAGAUGCCUCGGCUUCAGACCCAUCUUUGAUACCCCUUCUCUCAAAAGCAUAGCUGCUUUUCUCGACUCUCCUCUGCUGCAAUACCCAUCCAUGAGUAUGUGAUACGUCACAAGAUCAGUAAGCCCUUUACUACUCAACUGAUCAAAAAGCUUCUUAGCUCCUUCUACGUUACCGUUUCUACACAAACCACCAAUCAAACAGUUAUAAGUUUCAACGUUCGCUACAAUCCCUUCUCGUUCCAUCUCUUCUUUCAAUCCAAACCCAUCUUCCAUUUUCCCUGACUUACAAUACGCAUCAAUCAGCAUGUUAUACGUUUGAGCAGUGGGGAAAACACCUCUCCCUUUUAAAGACUCAAACAUAUCAAGAGCCUCCUUCAUCAUACCGUUCUUACAAAACCCAUUUAUAAGAGAGUUGUAAGUAAUCAAGUUAGGCUCCACACCUGCACUCACCAUUUUGUCACGCAUACAAAUAGCUUCCUUUAUCUUCCCUCCACUACACAAACCAUUAAUCAACGAAUUAUAAGUAACCACAUUAGGUCUCACAUCUUGUUCCAACAUCUCCUUAAACACCUUCACACUCCCUAAAUAAUUCCCAUCUUUCCAAAACCCAUCAAUCAAAAUAUUAAAAGUAGUCAAAUUCGGAGACACUUUACUCUCCACCAUCUCCUUCAAAACCCCAUCCGCUUUAUACAUCUUACCAAUCCCACCAAGCUUACAAUACCCAUCAAUAAUAGUAUUGUAACUAACAACAUUAGGAGAAAUCCCAUAUACUUUCAUAUCCUCCAUAACAUCCUUAGCUUUAUUCAUCUUCCCUGUCUUGCAGAAAGAGUUGAUCACAACAUUGAAAGUGAACACAUUUGGUUGAAUCCUCCUCCUAAUCAUCUCUUUAUACACAAACUCAACAUCAGCAAACCUCUUCUCAUUCAGCAACGCAAUCAUCAAAGGCUUAACAGACAAAGAAGAUAACUUAUAAUUAUAAUAGCCUGCACGCUUAAACGCCUCUAACGCUAACUCGGAUCUAGCAUUGUUAGCGUAAGCUAACACCAACAUGUCAGCGAGAAUCGAAUUGACGCAGACGUUGUCACAUAA